GUCGGCACACAGCGGUCACACCGAGCUUGUCGGCCCUAGUGCGCGCAGCACGUAUUGCCUUGUGCGGAACGGUGCGCGCGGGUGUCAUCGUGCCCCCGUCGCCCCGGCCUCAACCAAGCGUUCGCGGUGGCCUCCACGUCGACUUCGCCCUGGCCGCGCGCCGCCGCCGCGUGGCAGAACGAUGCGGCCGCCGACAUGCGGCCCGCGGCGUGCCCGUGCCAGCUAUGUUCGAGCGGCGUCACGGCCGCCGACCACCACCGCCAGCAGCAGGCCAGCCCGGCCGCGCUGGUCUCGCUGGAGCGCGAGUACGCGGCCGCCUUCCCGUACGGAGGCCCGCCGCACCAGCCGGCCAUGGAGGACCUCAAGCCCGUGGUGUCCUCGAGCCCUCCGCAACAGGUGGGGGGGCACACGAGCCUCCAAGGAGGCCAACACCACCACCAGCAGCAACCGCACCCGGGUCACGCGGCUGGUGGACACGGCGGCCACGGCGGCGGCAGUGCCUCCAAGAAGGACCUGGACCGCGUCAAGAGGCCCAUGAACGCGUUCAUGGUCUGGUCGCGAGGCCAGCGACGCAAGAUGGCGCAGGAGAACCCCAAGAUGCACAACUCGGAAAUCUCCAAGCGGCUAGGCGCCGAGUGGAAGUUGCUCUCGGAGGCCGAGAAGCGACCGUUCAUCGACGAGGCCAAGCGGCUGCGCGCGGUGCACAUGAAGGAGCACCCGGACUACAAGUACAGGCCCCGACGAAAGACGAAGACGCUGCUCAAGAAGGACAAGUACCCGUUGGCCGGUGGCUUGCUCUCGGCCGCCGACGCCGCUGCCGCCGCCGCCGUGCGGCCCGCCAGCGCACCGCAGGUGCCGCGCGACAUGUACUCCAUGAACGGCUACAUGCCCAAUGGCUACAGCCACAGCACUGCGGCUAUGAUGCACGAAGCGUACCAGGGCUACAGCUCGCAAGUCCCCUAUCCGCGCUACGACCCGCAGCUGCCCUACAUGAACGGCUCGUACGGCUCACCGAGCCCGUAUGCCUCGGUGCCCCAGAUGCAGCUCAAGUCAGGCGGCGCCGAGUCCAGUCCCACGCCGCCCCAGGGCUCGCCCGGAAACCCCCGCGGUCGCAGCGGCUGCACGCCCGACCUGCGCGACAUGAUCUCCAUGUACCUGCCGCAAGGGGGCGAAGCGACGGACCACAGGCUCGCCAUGCAGCACUACCAGCAGCAGCAGCAGCAGCUCCAACAGCAGCAGCAGGAACUGCAGUAGCGCACCGACGACCAGCCCGGUGAGUGCGGCCGACGUGUGACCACUGACUCUGUUCGCCCAUGGCAGACAACCACUGUACAUACACAGAUCUCGCAGGCAGAGUAACUCGCGCGCGGAAAAAAAAACGUGAGAGAAAAACGUGGUUUCUUCGAGUGUGUUUAUUUCCUUCGUUUUCUUCCCGGUAGAGCAGGCACCAAAUGCACGCCCGAAGGUAUCUCUCACGUUUUGCUCAGCUGUACCGCCAUGCUGCUGCUUCGUCAAGACCUCACGCGCGAUGUGGUUCGGUUGUGCGCCCGCGGAACAACUCGGGAACUCGGCGCGCUUGUGCGGGUGUUUUGUGCGUGUGUGAUUUACGCGUGCAGACUCAAUGCGGACAAAAAACAAAGAGAGAGGGUAGAAGACACGGUCGCGAAUACAGCGCGGAAAAAGAAAAGACUGCCCACUCGUCCACCUGCAAUGCGCGCGUCAAAUCCCAGCCGAGUCUCUCUUGAAACGCUCCUUUCUACUCGCUCAGUCAGCGCCGACGAAAGAAAGAAAAAGCUUCGUCAUCGUCGUGUACAACAAGCACAAGAGUCGGAGGAGACAGAGGCUGUAAGAGGAGGGCUUCACCGGCCGACACGCAGUCUGCACCAGCAGGUUCGUUAUCUCUCCAUGAUACAUUUUGUUCUCAUUUUUUAUUCGCUCGCCUCUGUCUCACUCAGUCGUUAUAACCCCAUCAUCUCCUCUGGCCGUGUGGACCCUCAUCCGCAGACGAAAAAUCGGCCAAGACAGUCUGUGUGUGUGCGUGCGAGAGACUCGAUUGUGUAUAGAAGAAGACAGAACACGAGGAACAAAAAUGACAAAAAAAUGCCUACCUGUUGUCGCGACCCGUGCCGCCCUUUUAUGCGCCCCGAGUUGCGGGCGAGGAAAAAAAAAAACCAUUUGUAAAUAGAUUGCACAUUCACUGUCACAUGAACCAUGCGCGCGACACGGUCAAAAAUAAAGAAUGACAACAGUGAAAAGAAAAAAAAGGCCUUCGAAUA